AUGGAGAAGAACCACCGCCUAGUUGGUGCAGUGAUCUGUACAGUUCUUCUCUUGGUUGCGAGAACAUUUUUCACCGUCACGUUCUUCGUUACCAGCGUCAUUUGCAUUAUCAGUGCAGGGAGCCGUAUCGAAAGAUGCGAAGGCUGGCUGGGACUUUCGCAGAGAGAUAUUGACCGCCUUAAUACUACAAGUACCUUCGUGGAGACUAUUGUUUCUUGCUUUCUCAUCUUCCUCAUCUAUAGAUGGAAAAAUUUCAACUUCAAAAACUUUCUCAGGGCUCUUGUACGACAGGCUAAUUUUUGGAUGUGGACGGCUUUGUGGGGUGCGCGUAUCAUAACAAACGUUCUUAUAGAUAUUAUUCCGGGUAUUAACGAAAACUAUCCCAUUCUUGUUGUGCUUGGCGUGUCGUUGCUCUUAGAGUUCGCGUCGACUACAAUGUUAGCUUGUGCUCUUAGCUUUGUGCAACUUUCUACCGUAAGGAAUUGGUUUACUGAACAUUUUCCGCGUAAAGGAAGAGAUGAAACGCUGAUGAUCUUGUAUCGAAUAACUUUAUUCUCUUACGGUUCGCGAAUGAUUGCAUUAUUUUUGUACAAUUCAUUUUUGGUCGCAAGAGCGAUAACUCGUCAAAGCGAGUUCCGUGAAUUAGACAGCGUUUUGCUAGCUUUGGAUGUUGGCUACAGAGGAAGUUUGGCCAUAUUUUUCUUUCGCAAAUUCUUCGAGUUUGAAAAUACACCAGAGGUCUUUGUCGUAACAACGAAUUCUAGCAAGUCAGUGGAACUUGAAUGUCAGUCAAAAGCUGAGGGUCAGGAGACUGAACCUUUCGGCGAAACUUUCGAAACUCAAGGGGCGAAGGACAUGAAAAGAGAAGAAAAACGAAUCAUAGUUGCCAGCGGAAAAUCUCCGAAAAACUCGGAAUGCAGCAUGCAAAUUUGA